AUGCCAGUGAACCGUGGCCAAGGCCAAACCACAAGGUGGUAUCAACUAUGCUUUGUUCCCACUAGUCCAGAUAGUUCAGAUGAUUCAGACAUAGAAUCUGUAGUCCUACCAACUAGUACUCCAACUCCAACUCCAACUAGUAGUAGUACAUGGCAAGAACUUUCUUCACCAUGGUCACCACCACUGUCACCGCCACCGCCGCCACCACCACCACUUCCACCGCCAUCACCCCUGCUACUGCCACUGCUGCCACCACCACCACCGCCACCACUAAACUCAGAACCUCAAAUUGAUUGGCGUUUUCCACCACCCUCGCCAGAUUUUCUACCGCGAUCGCCACCACUUCAGCCUAUGCAGUCAUGGGCUGAGUCUACAAUGUUUAACAUUCAAUUACAACAUUUUAGACAUCAACCUACUAGUGAAGGUCACGUGUUUGAAGCUGAUCAAAGUGACUGCUCAAUGAAUAGCAUUAGAAGGGUGAGAGUCUCAGAGAUAGAUAAACUCUCUCACUGUCCCAUUUGCAUGGAUGAGUUUAAAGUGGGUGACCAAGCAUGCAGGUUACCCUGCAAUCACACCUACUGUUCUGAAUGCAUUCUUCGUUGGCUUAACAACAGCAAAACAUGUCCUGUUUGCAGGCUUAACUUGGAUGGUUGUAGAUUUGAUAGCAUAGAUGAUAAUGGUUUGGAUUCACAACCUGAAAUCCCACCACUGCCACCGUCCCCACCAGUAGUUCAUAAUGAAGCAUCGUGGGAGUAUUUUUUCCCAGACUUUCCUGGUAUACCAGGUGUAGAGAAUAGCGCCGGUGGUGACUCAGAUGAAGCUAAUUAUGACAGUGCAUGUGAUGAGCUUGUUGAUUCUCACGAGGAUGAUGCUUCUCAGAGUGAUUCUGCGCCACUAAUUUAA